GAAUAAGCAACAGCUGUUUUAGAAAUGCACUUGACGUAACUUGGGGCAGAAAGUUUUGUUUUCAACUUAAUUCGUGUGGCCGAAAAGAGUGAGAAAAACCGGUUUGUAAUAUCUUUCGCAUUGGCUGCAGCAGCAAUAUCGGAGAGUGGCAGUUUACAGUUAUUACACACACGAGCGCGCACAGCAAAAGAAAGUUUUGACGCAAUCGCAUGGCCGUUACUUGUAAUUUGUAAUGAAGAAGCGUCGUGCUGCCCAACAGUUGACGCUGCACUCUGGCGGCGGACGGUCGAAAUUACUGACGAGAAUCGUGCAUAUUUGGAAUAUUUUGUAAAGAAAUUCCAUUGAAGACGCAGCCGCAGCAAUAAAAGUGAAAUCAGCACGAAAACAAGCACAUACGCAUACGCGCACUCACACAAUCACAUACACACACGCACACGCACACACACACAGAGCCAUUGACAUCGAUACAGACAGUCGAAGAGACGACAGUCAGUGAUCGAUAUGACGCCGGCCGUAACAAGCACCAGUGGUGCCGCCUCAGCGUCAGCCACACCCACAACGCCCACUGUGAGUCCACGGCGCAGGCACAGCACACGGGAGCAAUUACAUCAGAUUGUUGCUGGCGGCAUGGCGGCCGCAAUUACGCGUUCCACCUGCCAGCCGCUGGAUGUGCUCAAGAUACGUUUUCAGCUACAGGUGGAACCGCUGGGAGCCACUCGACAACAACUGAUCAUCCAGCCAAACAGCGAGAGCGCUGUGAAGCAAGUGCAAGCACAGUCGUCCAAAUACACAUCCAUCACGCAGGCGGUGCGUACUAUUUAUCGCGAGGAGGGAGUGAUGGCCUUCUGGAAGGGUCACAAUCCCGCCCAGGUGCUAAGCAUCAUGUACGGCAUCUGUCAAUUUUGGACGUAUGAGCAACUGAGCCUGCUGGCCAAGCAAACCAAUUACCUCAAGGAUCACACGCAUCAAUCGAAUUUCAUUUGCGGAGCCGCUGCCGGCGCUGCAGCAGUUAUCAUCUCCACACCGCUGGAUGUUAUACGGACGCGUCUCAUCGCGCAGGACACUAGCAAAGGAUAUCGCAAUGCAACGCGCGCUGUCACUGCAAUUAUGCGGCAGGAGGGAACGCGCGGCAUGUACCGCGGCUUGUCCUCGGCACUGUUGCAGAUUGCCCCGCUGAUGGGCACCAAUUUUAUGGCGUAUCGUUUGUUCAGCGAGUCAGCGUGCAAUUUCUUCGAGGUGGAAGAUCGCAGCAAAUUGCCGACAUGGACGCUUUUAGUGUUGGGCGCCUCAUCGGGCAUGCUGUCCAAGACAAUUGUGUAUCCGUUCGAUUUAAUCAAAAAGCGACUGCAAAUCCGAGGCUUUGAGCGAAAUCGACAGACUUUCGGACAGACCCUGCAAUGCAACGGUGUCUGGGACUGUCUGCAGCAGACGGUGCGACAGGAGGGCGUCCGCGGUCUAUACAAGGGCGUGGCUCCCACGCUCCUCAAGUCAAGCUUGACGACGGCCUUGUACUUUAGCAUAUACGACAAGCUGAGUCAAGUGCGCUUCUAAUACGAGCUGCUGUAAUUAUAUUUCUAGUUGUAAGUAGUGGGAAAGUUAACUGCACAGAAUAUAUUUUUUAUAUGCAAUUUACAAACAAAACGCUGUAAAUGAUAUUAAGCAUAGUUUCUCUGUUAAUUAGUUAUCAUAAUUUUAGUACGGGUUUUUGUUUUAAGUUAAUAUGUAUCUGAUAAUACAAAUUUAAUUUAAAAACUACUCAAAAAUGCAUGAUUCACGGAAUGUUAUUUCUUAUUUAAAUGCAAUUAUUGCUGGUAUUCAUUUACAUAAUUGUAAUGUUGGGCAAAUAUUUUAAAUGUCUACGAAAUCUAGUUACAUGUAUUUAAAAAAGUUUAUUACAAAAACCACUCUAGUAAUUUGUGUUCCAUCGAGCUCAAACCCAAUAUCCCAUUUGCUUGUAAUUGUUAAAAUAUGAAACUAUUUAAUUUAAAUACAACAAGUGGCUACAGUACCAGAUAUAAAUCUGUAAGAGUUUGUAAAAUUCCAUACUGAUAAUUAUUUUAAGUUACCAAACUAUUUUUUAUAAUGUUGCUUGCAGCUUUUCUACAAUUUGAACACAACUGUGUCCCACUGUCUGCCGAGCUUUUGCUCGUUGUGAAAUAAACUGCUUUAUAAUGAAAAGCUUCAACUCA